CGAUCACGUUAAGAAGUUGUGUAUGUUCGCGCUUCGGAUUUAUUGUGACGAACCCUUGCUCUUCUAAAAUUCUCCAGCAAUUUUAGUUAGGAAAAGAACUUGCUUAUGUUCAUUAAAGGAAACCAUAAUUAGUGUACGCGAGAAAAAUAUCGACAGAAAUAAUCGAAACUCCAGGAAAGGAGGCCAAACGUUCAUCCUUCCCCCAAAGGAUGAUUCGCCCCCCGCGCCUGAGGUGAAUCUUGCGCCCGAGACGCGCGUGAAGGACCCGCUAUGUGCCGGGGAGAGCGAGCGCCAGCCCAGGAUCGCCCUUAAGGAACCACCAGGAUGCGGUGGCGUAAGACGCAAGGAUUCGACCUGGCCGACGACGGGCGUGACCCCGUUGGCGUCGUGAGCGUCCACGGCGAUGAGCUCCCCCUGGUAUCGUCGCCACACCCCCGCCUGGCGUCUCCAACGCAAGCCUCCUCCUCCUCGCCAGCCUCACCGGGCUCCCUCCCCUCCACCCCGCUGACGGCCGUGUCCACGACCACGAUGGAUGAAGUCCCCAGCCCGCAGGCCUCCGGCUUUUCUCCCCGGAGGGACCCCAGCAGGACGUCGAUGCCACCCGUGAGUCCGUCAGCGUCUGCGUCCGACAUGAUGCUGCCUCUGAACGGGCAGUCACGGCCCGUGUCCGCGGCCGCCAAGGAGUACACCGCCAGCUCGCAUUCCACCACGAUCCAGGUCGUGUCUAGUCCACAGUCCCGCGUCGCCAGCCCCCGUCACUCGCUCGCCAGCCAGCAGUCUCUGGCGAACAGCUCCCAGCACUCGCUCGCCAGUUUCCAGUCAAGAACCACUAGUCCUCAGCGCACGCCAGUCAGCCCCUCGACGAACGCCAGUCCCCAGCGGACUUCCCUCGGCUCGCACUCCCUUUCCCUCAGCCCCGAGCGGGGGCCGUCCAGUCAGCCGAUCAGCCCCCAGCGCGUGAUCGUUAGCCCCCAGCUGCCGCCAGUCAGUCCUGCAGGCGUAAAUGUGGUCCAGGGGUCACGGCCGACCUCCGUCGUGAGUGUGUCGGGGGCGCCGCUUCCCCUGCGGAACUCGGUGCACUCUGUGCCUGGCACGCCCUCACCCACAGAGCAAGAGGGCAAGGGCGUCGUGGUCGUGGUCGGAGGCCCGAGCCAGAGCGACCUGAACCACCGGGACGCGAGUCAGCACAACCUGAGCCAACCGAGCCUGAGUCAGCAUGGCCUACAGACCAGCUUACUGGACGAAGUCGUCCACUUCAGGUCGUCGAUCUAUCCUCCACGGGGCCCAGGCACGGGGUCCCCGUGAGUGACUUCACUUCCCCCCUCCCCCCUCGAGCCGUGGAGCGGGACGAAGUGGCAGCGCCGUCGCCGUCGCAGCAGAAGCGGAAGACGAGCACGACACCGCGGAAGUCCGCCUCCAAGGGUAGCGGCGACACCAAGCGCACCACGCACGAGAAGAGCAAGUCCGUGACAAUCGUCGUGAACGACCAGCACGUCACGUACUCCAACACGGCCAGCACGUACACGACCACGGCUGCAGGCGGGCACCGCCACAACGGCAGCCUGACGAACGGCGACCUUGGGGGCCUCCACGCGCCCAACGGCGAAGUGGUGGCGGUGAACGGGCACGCGCUGACCAAGGGCGACCUCGGCGGCGACUCCACCAGGCCGUCCUCCGCCGCCUCAACGGCGGGGGGCACCAAGGUCGAUCCGGACAUUCAGGUGCGCCCCCUCGUGGGCUGGUGGGGCGAAGGGGGCAGCGCCGGCUCCGUCCUGGAAGACACAGCCUCCUCCGACGACUGCCACCGCUCCACGCUCACGCUCGUCCACUCACCGGCGCGCACU